AUGAAGAAGACUGAUGCUGGUUCUUCUGAGAAACAAAUCAAGGAGUCUAAAUCUACAAAGGUUCCAAAGAAGUUACCAGUUACUGAAGUAGAGCCAACUUUACACGAAGUUUCAGUUGCUGAUACACCCUUAACUCAAAAGGAAAUUAUUCCUUCGAAGACCGAUUUUUUUCGAAGAAUCAAAAUGAAAUCAAAGCACAAGAACCGAUCUCCACUCACAAAUUUUGUCCAAAAGCCACAGAAAAAGAAGAAGAAGAAGAAAAGCAAAAUGAUCAUCUCUUCUGAGUGUACAGCUGAUGAAGAUGAUACAUUUACAGAAACUCCAGAAGCCAAUCUUAACAAAGAAACUUCUACUCCUGCACAGAAAACUGUUAUACCACCCGAAGAUUCGGUUGCCAAGUCAUUAUCUAAGGAGGCCCGAACUUCUGACAUUCUUGUAAACGUAUCUAAUACGGAUGCAAAUGUCAUCAUGGGUGAGGAUGAUUCGAAGAAAGAAAACCAAGGUAAACCUUCGACUGUAACCUCAGAAACCUUUGUUUCUUUUCCUCCACACAUUACACCUGUCAUACCCACUACUUCCACUACUAGUUCUCCUACUUUCUAA